GCCCUCAGCUUUCCCCAUCGCCCCCCAUCCCAUCUCCGUCACCCAAACCGUUCGCGCUCUUGUUCGUCUAUCCGCGGGACUGCAAACGAGCGCGUGCAGUGACCGUCGACGCGGAUCCGCUGUUUUGCGAUUACAGCCCCCCGGCUUUCGGCAGGUUCCCCGCAAGAAGUCGCUCCUGCUUCCGUUGAAUCGCCGCUGCUCACCAGCCUCUCAACCGUCGCACGCCCUCGCCAUCUCGCUGCAAUCCAUCGCCGUCUGCACGUAAAGGGCAACGACGGGACACAAACGACACACACGACACAAUGUCUUCGCCAUCGCCGCCAAAGCCAUGGGAAACCAGCGCCGGCGCGACAAGUGCCUCGGUUGGUCUCACAGGAUCAAACACUAGCACAGCAUCCACAACCGCCACAUCCCCAACUUCUUCAACCGCUCCUCCAUUGCCAUCGGUACCCGACUCUCUUAGCACCGUCGCGAACCGCAACGCGACCGCGUAUUCCGGCAUGAACAGCCGAUACACCUCACCCUACGGCACGGGCUACGGAGGCAUGAGCAGCUACAACUCGCCAUAUUCCACCAUGGGCGGCGCGUACGGCUCCAUGUACGGCGGCAUGGGUGGUAUGGGAGGCAUGUACGGAGGCAUGGGAGGCAUGUAUGGCGGCAUGUACGGAGGCAUGGGCGGCAUGCCGGGCGAUCCAAACAGCAGCCUUACACAGUCCUUCAGCCAAAGCACAGCAGCGACAUUCCAGCUCAUCGAAAACAUUGUCGGCGCCUUCGGUGGCUUCGCGCAAAUGCUUCAAAGCACAUACAUGGCCACUCACUCGUCAUUCUUUGCCAUGGUAUCCGUUGCCGAACAGUUCGGAAACCUGCGACAAACACUCGGUUCGGUUUUGGGCAUAUACACCGUCAUGCGGUGGAUAAGAACCGCCAUUGCAAAACUUACCGGACGACCCUUGCCAGCCGACGCAACCGCCUUGACUCCCGCGAGUUUCGCAGCCUUCAAUGGCCGCAUGCCAGAUGGCUCACCAGCACCCCCAAAGCCUUCAAAGAAGCCUUUCAUCGUGUUCAUGCUCGCGGUAUUCGGUCUGCCAUAUCUAAUGGGCAAGCUCAUCAAGGCCCUUGCCCGAUCACAAGAAGCCGAGGAGCAACGAAAAAUGCUGGAGAACCCACACUCGGCACAACCGCUCGAUCCCAACAAGCUCGAGUUCUGCCGUGCACUAUAUGACUUUACCCCCAAUGCCAACAUGCAGGGUAUGGAUCUCUCGGUUAAGAAGGGCGACAUGGUUGCUGUUCUCAGCAAGAGUGACCCUAUGGGCAACGCAUCAGAGUGGUGGAAAUGCCGGUCAAGAGACGGUCGAGUGGGCUAUCUUCCCGGCAUCUACCUGGAGACUAUUCAGCGAAAGACACCCGCUCAGAUCACCAGUGGAAGCCAGAUCGGAAGCCCUGCUGGAAGCAGGUCCCAGACAAUGACCAGCAGCAGUGCUACAAAUGGAACUGCUACCAUGACUGAGUCGAGCAUGGGAAACAAGGUUGGACCAAAGAUUGACAGCAAGGCGGGAGAUAUGGGUGUUGAGAGUUUCCAGAAGGGUGCAUUCUACUCGUAGGCCUAAAGGGCUUGUUCUUGAGCAAUCUGCUCGUUUCAUUGCAUAGGGCGUUUUUCAUAUCAUCACUUCAUGGCCUGCGGGCUUGUUGUACAAAGCUUGUUCGGGAAAAAGCUAUGGUUAAGGCGUAUGGCGCCCAAAGAUAUCACGGACGGGAUCAAUGACAAAUUUAAUGCUCAGAAACUAUUCUAUUGUUAAUAGU